AUGCCAGAAGUCCUCUCGAAUUCUUCCUCCAUAUUCGGCCACAAGAAGAAAGCUAUUGGUCGCAAAUUAAGCAACGAUGAAAGAAAGAACUAUAGGGAUGAACAGCGCCUGCUACAGGGUAGUCAACCUACAAGGGACCGUCGUGCAAUUCCUAUCCAGCCAGGCUCGUUCGCGAAGAAGCACGAGACGUUUAAACCCACAAAUACCAUAGGAAUCAAGCCAGGGACACGGUUAAACCAGCCCUCGUCAGCGUCAAGUCAUUCAUUCGCCAGGCCCAAACCUUCGGGGUUAGAUAGGUCUACGGUUAUACCAGAUUCAGAUGACGAGGGCACACCACCCAAAAAACGAUUGAAACGACAGGAUCCCGAAAUAAUUGAUCUUGAGGAGAAUGAGCAGCCGUUGACAGUCCCACAAUCUCCGAACACCAAAAUUUUAUUUGAAAGAUCCCCUCCUCGAACUCCAGUCCGAGAGAAGAAAAGCACGCCGCCAAUAAUUUCACGAUACGGGCGCAUCGCGGGUGCUGACCGAAAAUCCCCGGCUCCUUUCACUCCUAAGCGUAAGCCCUGGACUGGUCGCAGGAUAGAUGUAAUCCCCGAAUCGGAAGAUGAGACGCCUGAAAAACAACCAAAACAAGAGCAAAGACGAGCCACUGUUGGUUAUUCCAAGGAUAAGCUUACCACCCCCAAUAGACCCCGUGACCAAACUAUCCCCAAGGUGGUGGUAGAAGUCCCGGACCCGGCAACGCUAGUUGACUACCCUAAAGAAGUCGAGAACAUUGUGAAUCACAGUUCUACUCAAGGUGGUGAUCGGCGCAUUUGUGAUCUCAGGGAAAGUCCGGAUGAGCUUCAAGGAAACAAGACUAUCCCAGAUGUUUGGAAGGAGCACAAAAACCUCAAAAGAGAAGUUUCACCAAGCAACAUUCGUCACACCAGGUUUACCAGCACCGCAGACCGGAAGCUUCCUCAGCCACCUGCAGAAAAGAAAACGAAAAGGAAGUCUACACCAGUGACCUUUGAUUUAAGCAUGUUCCGCUACGGAGACUUCUCAGCUGAACCGUUGUCUCGAUUAGCCUACGAUACAACGGAGACAUCUAAGUUUUUUGUGACUUCUGCCGGUAAUGAUGUUUGCUCUUCGAAGGGUCGGUCUUUUGACCUAUUGAGAGCGAUCAAGAUGGACUAUGGCGAACCUAACUGCAGCAAAAUUCGACUCACCUUUCCAAGGUCACAUAACCCAGGUCCCGAAUUUGCCGACAUCGAGUUUUCCAGUGAUCAAGAGAAAGAGAGAUUCUUGGAUUUUAUCCUAACGAAAACACCUUCCCUUAAGCCGUAUUCGAAGAAAAGGAAAUGGAUGGAACGCAUAUUUCAACUAAAGGAUAUUACCGCGAUAGAUGAACCGAAGCCCCAGAAAUCUAGGACAUCAAAUGCUGCAAGCGAGGCGAACUUACCAAAAGUUCAGCCAAAACGAAUGAAACUAAGUGAUAAUCUUACGAAUGGAGACCAGCCUGCGUCUAAUCGCUCAAUUGAAAAAUUGAGUCACGCUCACCCGUCUCCGAGUCGCGCAGAGCCAGCUACAUCUAUCCCUAUCAAGGUAAACCGGAUUCCACCGCUUACACGAUAUACUCGGUCUCUUUCCCGGAAACAAAACGUUGAGAUUGAUAGUGAGAAUGAAGAUGACAAUGAUACGAGUACUUCCGUCUCUGACGUGCCCGGCAAGCGAUGGCAGAAUCCUCUUGUAUACCCAGCGGCUGGUAAGAAGAAGGCUGAGGUAGAAGAACAUGACUUAGACCGGCUUAGACCGCAUGAAUUCUUAAACGACAAUCUUAUUGGGUUAUAUAUUCGAUUUCUCGAACAUCACUUGGAACGCCAACACCCGGAUUUCGCAAAACGUGUAUACUUCUUCAACUCCUACUUCUUUGCGACUUUGACAAAUACCUCGAAAGGCCAGAAAGGGAUUAACUAUCAGGGUGUUGAAAAAUGGACAAGAUCCUUUGACAUAUUUGCUUUUGAUUAUCUGGUUGUACCAAUUAAUGAGGAUGCCCAUUGGUACGUGGCAAUUAUCUGCAACUUGCCAACCUUGCUUUUACCAAAGGCGGGAAAUCGAUCUGGCUCAGAAGACGUUGAAAAAGCUGAGAUCCCAAAAACACUUGGUGCUGCAGCAGCAGCAGAUUCCCUUAAUGCACCGUCUAAGGUUGGGGAAUUAGAUGCUGGCCAGUCACCGCCUGAUGCUACCAAGGAAGGCCAUGUCCGAGAAUCUUUCACAUCUUUGAACCUGAACGAUGAUUCGGCAGAACCUAAUUUUUCUGGGGGAGAUAAGGAAGCUGAGCCCCCCGAAGCUGACGAAUGGCCGGACGAAGAUGAAAACCGAAUGCUGCAUUUGACAUACCAGAGGAGAGCAAAAUUGUUGCUGGAGAAAGCUCUUGAGCCCGUAAAGGAGGCUCUCAAAUCUUCUAAAGUGACCGAACCAGCAGUCGUCUCCAAAACAUCCAAGGUCGCAAGAAAGCGCGGUAAAAAGGGGAGGAACCCAGGCAUUCGAUAUAACGAAAACCAACCUGCGAUCAUUAUUUUUGACUCGUUGGAUUGCCCGCGGCGCCCUACUAUAGAAAUUCUUCGGGAAUACCUUGAGGAGGAAGCCAAAGCAAAACGGUCAUUGACAAUCGACUCCAAAGAAGUAGUAGGAAUGAAUGCGAAGCAAAUACCGCAUCAGCCGAACUUUUCCGAUUGUGGACUAUACCUACUCGCAUAUCUCGAGAAAUUUGUGCGGAAUCCAGACCUCUUCGUGAGAUCAGUGCUUCGCAGAGAAAUGAACAGAAACAAGGACUGGCCAGCUAUGAAACCAGGUUUAUUUCGGUCUCGCUUGCGCAAGUUUCUCUUUGAACUUUAUGAGGAGCAACAAGCAUUGAAGGAUGGAAAGCUGGAAAAGAGCCAGCCCCUUAUGGCCGACGCGAAGUCUUUAAAUAUACUGUUGGACAAUACCCUGGUGGAGGAUAACGUUACGACUGAUGAUGAUGGAAAAGAGCCCGGGGUAGCCAAAGCCUCUCCAACGCCAUCAACUGCCAAACACGCCAUCUCGGACCAUCCAGUGACCCCUACUCGCACAUCCCCUCGCAGUAUCGGAAGGAUGAAAGGUGCCCCUAUGUCCAGCCCUCUGAAGACUCCAAAGACUUCAGUCGCUACCACUGUUCCUUUAUCUAGCGAUUCUAUGCUUCUCAGUUUGUCUGACACCACCGCUAAACAAGACAAGCUUGAUGAGACCGAGAAACAUAGCGAUGAAACCAUUCAAGUCCCUAUGACACCACCCCCAAUAAAUCCAAUUACUGUGGACGCCAGCCCAACCCACAUGUAA